ACACUUUGAACAUUUGAAUGGCAACACUGGAAUAAACAACAAAAGUUGCUUGUUUGCUUCAAAAUACUUAACCUUUUGCAUCUAAUCGUCGGUAUUCACACAGCAAAUAAAUAAUCUUCGGCAGAGAAACGAAGCAAAUUUGCACACAUUUUAUUUUAGGAUCAACGGCACCAGAUCUACAAAUUGAUAGAAAACGAUAAAAUUGUGCUGAAAAAUGUCGUCACCAGCAUUGUCGCCGGAAUUAUCCGAGAAAAAUAAGAAAUACGAUCGUCAAUUGCGAUUGUGGGGUGAACAUGGACAAGCACUUUUGGAAGCGGCUCAAUUGUGUUUGAUCAAUGUAACGGCAUUGGGUACGGAAAUUCUCAAGAACAUCGUAUUGCCCGGCAUCGGUGGAUUCACGAUCGUUGACAGCGGCAUUGUCACCGAAGAAGAUAUCGGUUGCAACUUUUUCUUUGAUUCAAACUCGAUUGGUCAGCCGAAAGCAAAAUGCAGUAUGCAAUUGCUACAAGAAAUGAAUCCAGAUGUUAGCAGCGAUUACUUGGACGAAAGUGUUGAAACCAUUUUAAGUAACAAUCCGGAAUUUUUCAAUUCAUUCAAAGUUGUGAUUGCAUCGUCGCUCAAGGAAAAAACAUUGCUUACGCUGUCACGAAUGCUAUGGACACAAAAUAUACCGUUUGUGUAUUGCCGGUCGGUUGGUUUUAUCGCAUCAGCUCGACUUCAGUACAAAGAGCACUUUGUCGUUGAAACGCACCCGGAUAACAAACAAAGCGAUUUACGUUUAGAACAACCGUUUGAAUCAUUUGAAAAGUAUCUCGAUAGUGUCGAGCUCACACACAAAGUGCCGUGGAUUGUAGUUGUUUAUAAAUUCCUAAAGCAAUGGCAAGCCAAUUCAGGCAAGAAGGUACCAAAUAACUACAAGGAAAAGUGCGAAUUGAAGAAACUCAUUCAAGAUGCGAUUACAAAAGAAGAAGAAAACUACGAAGAGGCUGUGAAAGCGAUCAACUCUUGUUUUGGUGGUGGUAAACCAACGUCGCGGCUGCAAGAGAUUUUGAAUGAUCCAUCAUGUAAUCAGCUAACUAAAGAGUCCAAUGUUUUCUGGAUUUUGGUGCGUUCGGUGAAAGAUUUCAUCGAGCAAGAUAAUAAUGGUUGGUACCCGUUGGCUGGAACCAUUCCCGACAUGACUGCCAACACGGAAAAUUACAUUAAUCUUCAGAAUGUGUACCGUCAAAAGUCGUUGCACGAUGCUGACUUGGUGUACAAACGUGCCCAGCAACAUUUGCGUGAAUUGAACUUGUCCAGCGACCUAAUCACUGACAAAGAAGUCAAACUGUUUUGUCGUGAGUUCAGCUCAAUUGUGUCAUUGAAAGGAUCUUGCAUCGCUGAUGAAUACGAGAAGCCAUCGGUUAAUGUUAUUGCCGGCGAAAUAGAAGGCGCACCAAAUUCAUUGAUGAUGAUUUAUAUCGCACUUCGGUCACUGGACAAAUUCGAAUCGGAGCACGGCACAUCGCCUGGUGACAUUUACGUUGAAUCGGACACGGCACGCAUCAAGUCGAUCGCAUACAAAUAUCUCAGUGAAUGGGGCAUUACGGCACCGUUCAGUGAUGAAUGGGCACAUGAACUCUGUCGAUAUGGCGGCGCCGAAAUUCACACCGUUUCAGCUUUCAUGGGCGGGUGCGUGGCCCAAGAAAUCAUCAAACUGAUCACAAAACAGUACAUACCGAUCAACAAUACAUUCAUCUACAAUGCGAUCACAUCCGAAACGGCCGUCUUCAAGCUAUAAGCUGUAAAAAAAUCGUACGAUAUUCUCAAUCACUUAACUAGGCGAGUCAAAUCAUGAAAUGAUGGCUGUUUAUGGGAAUGUUAUGUUCCAAUAACAAAAUAUGAAUAAAAUAAAUUUGUUAUUCACGAAA